AUGUGCGACCAACCUCACAGCAGCGACGGCGGCCGAGGGAGAUCAAAAGUAUCCUCCGGGGAGUCUGGAGAAGACGGAAAACGCGCUCGUGACUCUGUGUCGAGGUUUAAUGAUAUUAUCAUUGAAAUAUUUUACCGAUUGAUUGGGAACCUUCUCCAUUCUCCCGGGUUUGGGGCCUUGUUUCCUUUCCGGUUAAUUUGUUUUGGGAGUCAGAGGCCGGACCCCGCGGCCACUCCAUUCUCUCACUCAAUGUUCUUCUCCACUGAUGUCGGUUUAGACCUGGUGAAGAGCAAAAUCAAAAGUCUCACCAAGUUCUUGGACGUUUACCUCAAAAUAGCAAACGUGCACACAGUCGAUUUUUAUACCAAAGAUGUUUGGAAUGAGUUUGUGGCUCUGCCGCCUGAAGCUGUCAUCUCACAUCUCCUCUGUCAGCAGGAAGGAAGCACUGGACCGGAAAGAAUGGGUGCCUCCGUUUGGGACCAGACACAAAAACUUAGAGAUGUGGCUGCCUACAAGAGAGUUACUCAGGAUCACUCGCUGCCAAACCUUGGAGUGUGCACACCACUAGAUGACCUGCUCCAGGAAAUAUGGAGAGAGAACAAAAAAGAUAUGUUCCUGAAAACCAGCACGUUUAUGAGUUCAAAGAAGUCCCAUGAGGUUGAGGUGAUGUCUGGCGUCAUCGCAUGUUUUGCCAAAUGUUGCAAUAUUCAACAGGUAAUUGAUAUAGGAUCAGGAAAGGGCUAUUUGAGUUCUUACUUGUCCAUGCAAUAUGGCCUAAGUGUGUAUGGCAUCGAUUCUUCCAGCACCAACACCAGUGGGGCGAAUGAGAGGAACAGAAAAUUAAAAAGAUACUGGAAAGUUUAUCAACGUCAAACAAAGCAUCUGAACCAAGAUUCUGUUCCAGAACACCUGGAUGAAAAGCCAAUGAAUAAUGUGGAAAGUUUUAAGGAAAUCAAGGAACAGAUUGGCCAUGGUGGGGAGCAAGAGAGUGGUUUGCUAAAUCAGACUGGCCGUGUACAGCCACCUGUGCAGACUCCUAUUUCUGCCAUUUCCUUAGAGUCAGAAACAAAUGAAGAAAAGAGUAGAGAUGUAUCUGCACAGAUUGUGGGAUCAAUUGAAGAUCAAUUUAACGGUGCUGAGAAUCUGUUUCUGGAACUUCUGUCAACUGAUGCUGUGGAAAUGAGUUCACUUUUAAGGAAAAAGAAAGAUCUGGAUGAGAAAGAGAAAGAGAGAAGGAAAACUGCAAGCUUAGAGGCCAAAGCAAAACGAAUUAAAGAGGCUAAUCUGUAUUCCCCAUUAACACUGCAUGUUACUUCCACAACAGAACUCCAAGACAUCAUUUCUGACAUAAAGGACUCUAUGAUGGUCGGUCUGCACACCUGUGGUGAUCUUGCCUCAGAUACUUUGCGCAUUUUCAUGACUAAACCGGAGCUCAAAGCUGUUUGCAGUGUGGGCUGUUGCUACCAUCUUCUUUCGGAGGAGUUUGAAUUAUCAGGUGACAGCAAAGAAUGCUGUCAGGGACCAUGGGGGUUUCCUAUGAGUCAGUACUUGAGAGGCAAUGUCUGGCGUUGUGGACGGAACGCUAGAAUGUCUGCAUGUCUGCCAUUAGAAAGAGUGACAGUUGGCCAUGGGCUUCCUUCUGAAUCCUUAUUUUAUCGUGCUGUUCUGCAAGUUAUUAUCAAAGAGCACUUUGAAAAUGGAAAGGCAUACACCACACUGCAAAGAACGAACAGCAAACAUGUUGGCAAGAUUUAUUCCAAGUCUUCAUCCUUUGUGGAUUACACCAGAAAAUCAGUAGAAAAGCUGGGCAUGGAUGGCUCAAAGAUGUCAGACAGUUUAAUACAAGGUUAUUAUGACAGAUACAUGCCCCGAAUGAAAGAGUUGGAAGCAUUUAACCUGCUGAAAGUAGCCUUAGCCCCUUGUAUAGAGGCAUUGAUUCUUUUGGAUCGACUUUGCUACCUCAAGGAACAGGAAGAUAUAGCUUGGUCAGCAUUAGUACAGCUGUUUGAUCCCCUGAAGUCCCCAAGAUGUUAUGCAGUAAUUGGUGUGAAGAAGUAGCACUGCUCCAAGUUCACCUACCACAUUAAUACAUGACAAGUUUUGAUUCAAUGCCUUUUGGUUUAUCCAUUCCUGUACAACUUAAAUUUCUGAGAUUAAGAUAAUGUUUUGAAUCCGUAUGACUCUUGUUCAGAUCUAAAGGGAGGUGGUAGAGAUGUGGUGAAAUAUAUACUGAGAGGUCUGAAGUUCCUAGUUUUAUAUCAUAUUUUUAAACUGUUGAUUUACAGAUUUUGAAUACAUGAGAAUGGAUGAACAAAUGGAAAGCAUUUGAGCGGGAAAGUCAUUAUUGCAUGUUGCAUUUCUUGGCAAGACAUGCUCAACUGAAAGAGCAAAGUUUUAAAGAUCCGGUCAACUUUUCAUAAUAAUUUUCUUGAUACAAAAAAAAUAAAAAUUUUAGUUAAGAAGCA